UAGGCCAUCCUGCUCCAGCCCGGUUUCUCUCCUUCCACCACCAUGGGGAGCAAGUGCAGCCCCCACCUCUGCCUGGUGCCAUUAGUUCUGAGCCUCUUGUCUGGAGGCGUGAGUUCACUGUUGCCUGUGACCCAGCCCUCCUGCUCUCUGGAGGGAGUUGAGAUCAAAGGCGGCACCUUCCGGCUCCUUAAGGAGGGCCAGGCCCUGGAGUACGUGUGUCCUGCCGGCUUCUACCCCUACCCUGUGCAGGCUCGCCUCUGCCGAGUCACGGGGUCCUGGAGCACCCUGCAGACGAAAGACCAGAGGAUUGUCAAGCAGGCAGAAUGCAAAGCCGUUCGCUGCCCAAGACCACAAGGCUUUGAGAAUGGGGAGUAUUGGCCCCGUGCCCCCUACUACAAUGUGAGUGACGAGAUCACUUUCCGCUGCUAUGAUGGUUACACGCUCCGGGGCUCUGCCAAUCGCACCUGCCAGUCCAACGGCCGGUGGGACGGGCAGACGGCCAUCUGUGACAACGGAGCGGCCUACUGCCCCAACCCCGGCAUUCCCAUCGGCACCAGGAAGGUGGGCACGCAGUACCGCCUUGAAGACAGCGUGACUUACUACUGCAGCCGGGGGCUCACGCUGCGUGGCUCCAAGCGGCGAACCUGCCAGGAAGGUGGCUCCUGGAGUGGAACAGAACCUUCCUGCCAAGACUCCUUUAUGUACGACACCCCUGCAGAGGUGGCUGAAGCCUUCCUGUCCUCCCUGACGGAGACCAUAGAGGGAGCAGAUGCUGAGGAUGGGCACACUCCAGGGGAAAUACAGAAGAGGAAGAUCAUCCUGGACCCCUCGGGUUCUAUGAACAUCUACUUGGUGCUGGAUGGAUCAGACAGUGUUGGGGCUCAUAACUUCACACAGGCCAAGAACUGUCUCACAAGCUUGAUUGAAAAGGUGGCAAGUUAUGGGGUGAAGCCAAAAUACGCACUUGUGACAUAUGCCACCAGCCCCAAAGUUUUGGUCAGAGUGUCACAACCAGAGAGCAGUGAUGCAGACUGGGUUACAGAAAGGAUCAACCAAAUCAGCUAUGAAGACCAUAAGUUAAAGGCAGGGACUAACACCAAGAGGGCCCUCCAGGCGGUAUACAGCAUGAUGAGCUGGCCCGGGGACACCCCUCCGGAAGGCUGGAACCGCACCCGCCACAUCAUCAUCCUCAUGACAGAUGGCUUGCACAACAUGGGUGGGGACCCGGUCACUGUCAUUCAUGACAUCCGGGACCUGCUGGACAUUGGUAGGGAUCGCAAAAACCCAAGGGAGGAUUAUCUAGAUAUUUAUGUGUUUGGGGUUGGGCCUCUGGUGAACGAUGAGAACAUCAAUGCUUUGGCUUCCAAGAAGAAUAAGGAGCAACAUGUGUUCAAAGUCAAGGACAUGGAAAACCUGGAGGAUGUUUUCUAUAAAAUGAUUGAUGAAGAGCGGAUCCUGGGUCUUUGUGGCAUGGUGUGGGAGAUCACAAAAAGUAAGCCACAGAGCAAUAUCGAUGCAUUCAAGCAGCCCUGGCAGGCCAAGAUCUCAGUGACUCGCCCUUCCAAGGGACUUGAGAACUGCAUGGGAUCUGUGGUGUCGGAGUACUUUGUGCUGACCGCAGCACACUGUUUCACUGUGGAGGACCAGAAACACAACAUCAAGGUCAACGUGGGAGGGAAGCGGCAGGACCUGGAGGUAGAAGAGGUGCUAUUCCACCCCAAGUACAACAUAAAUGGGAGAGCAGCCGAAGGAAUUCCUGAAUUUUAUGACUAUGACGUGGCCCUGGUCAAGCUCAAGAAGAAGUUGAAGUAUGAGCAGACUCUCAGGCCCAUUUGUCUGCCCUGCACUAAGGGAACGAAUCAAGCUUUGAGGCUUCCUCUGUCCACCACCUGUCAGCAACAGAUGCAAGAGUUACUCCCUGCUGCGGAUGUCAAAGCUCUGUUUGUGACAGAGGACAAGACAACACUGGUUCGGAAGGAAGUCUAUAUCAAGAACGGGAAUAAGAAAGCGAGCUGUGAGAAAGAUGCUCAAUAUGCCCCGGGCUAUAGCCAAGUCAAGGACAUCUCCAAGGUGGUGACUCCCAGGUUCCUUUGCACCGGUGGGGUGUACCCUUACGCUGACCCCAACACUUGCAAAGGCGAUUCCGGGGGCCCCCUGAUUAUUCACAAGAAGAGUCGCUUCAUUCAAGUUGGCGUGAUCAGCUGGGGUGUGGUGGACGUCUGCAAGGGCCAGGGGCGGGGGCAGCAGCAGGUGCCCGCCUAUGCCCGAGACUUUCACGUCAACCUCUUCCAAGUGAUGCCCUGGCUCAAGGAGAAACUCAAAGACGAGGAUCUGGACUUCCUAUGAAGGGUUUCCUGCUGGAAA